CCUGGGAGAGCAGGGGGAAAGUUCAUCUCGAGAGCAGGAGGAAUUCCUUUCCUGGAAACGCAGAGACGGCAGUGUUUUUGUUGCUGUUCUGCACAAGCAGCAGCGGUUGGAAGACAGCCUUUGGACUGAAAACUUGCACCGCAGCAGAGACAGACAGGUGAUGCAAGUCAUGGAGAACGGGCCGAGCCACACGAUGGCGAGCGCGGGAGGGGACGAGCCGAACAGCACCAAGGCCAGGCUGAACGGCAUCCUCGAGAGCUUCCAGGCGUUCGAUUCGGAUAUGAAAACGGGCACCAGGGUACGGAGAGAAAACGAUGAGCACAGAAUCGCACAGCUCACCGCCGAGCUGACCCGACUGGAGAAGACGCUAAACCAGGAGAUCAAGCGGAGGGUGGAGAUGAACAAGAGCGUACAAGUGUGGGGGGAAAGCGAGGUGGAAAAGAUGUCCGAGCAGCUGCAGUCCAUGGUGAUCGCGCGGAGCGACUCUAUCGCGGGCCGGCUGGACGACAUCGUGGGAAAAAUCGACGCCCUCGAGGACAAGUUCGACGUGGAGAUGGCCAAGAUUCCGGUGGACAUCAAGCAGCGGGGAGAGGAGCUUCACAAGAUGCUGACGGACUUUGAGAACAAGUUCGAGGCAGAAAGGAUGUCUCGCUUGGAGAGAGAAGGUCGCAUCCUCAAGCAGCUCGCGGACCAUGAGCAAGAAGUGGCGACCGACUUCGAAACGGAACGGACCUCCAGAGAGAAUACAUACGCCGACUUGCGACGCAUCCUAGACGAGAACGUGCGGUCGCGCAUGAAGGGGGACGAAAAGUUCCAGUCUUUUGUUCGCGAGGAGCUUGCCGACCUGAAGAGCGCCGUCUCCCUUGAACGACAAACGCGCGAAAGGGAUGACGGGGAGAUCGUCGAUGCAUUGAACCGCUACACGUCCAAGCUCCAGAGUAGUCUCAAGAUCAUCAACAGCUCGGAGAUCUAGCUAAGGGCGUUGCAGGUGUUAUGGGAAAAAUAAGCACCGAAACGCACGAAUUCGUCGUUUUUGUGCAACGUUUGGUAUCUGCCUGUUUGGUUUCAUUGUCCAGGACGUCUUUUUCGAAGGAUCGCGGAAGGCACGUUGUCUCUCCGAUUGUUAUCUGUCCCUGUGUUUUCCGUCGGAGCUGUUUCCUUUGAGAACGAGUGCAAUCCGUUUGGAGGUUUUGGUGAUGGCUUGCUGGAGAUUCCGCGUAACGUUGUCGACGUCGCUUUAGGAUUUGGUAUUUGGCCGGGCUUUAGAAGAAGCACCCCACGAAGCUGCGGGCGUGGUGUGUUUUGCUACUAUAUGGCAGGUUUUGUUAUUGGUGCGUGUUGUUGUUGGUCUUGACCCGAGAGAAGCAGAAGCGCUAGCGCCGUCGUGGAGGGGACAAUGUGGCUCACGCCGGGCAUCGCGGUGGAAGGCGAGGCGACUUGCUGGAUGGAGAAUCCCAUGGUCUUCGGGGAAUAAUAAGUACCAUGCAAGACAAAUUGCUAUUAUUUGUGGAUGGGUGAUGUUGCACGUGGCGAAGGUGAUUCCACCGCCGUAGGCUCAUCGACAGCCCCUCUUCGGUAUGUUGCCGGCUUGAGUAAGUUUGGAAUGAAUAUGUUUCGACGCAUG